AUGAAAUAAAAAUUGAAAUUCGAUGAAACACUAUAUGCAGAUGUAGAAUAUUUGGAUGACAAGGGAAAUUUCGAUUUUAAGAAGUUUGCUGAUGCUGCAUCUGAAUCAAUCAAAAUUAAAAAUAAAGACAAAGCUUAAAAUAAUUUCGUUCAAAUUCAAUAGAAAUGGGAUCAAUAAAGAUAAGCCAUUAAAAAUCAGAAGAUGGAAAUCAAAUCUAAACCUGUUAGUGAAGUAAACAAAAAGUAAAUGGAAAUAAUAGAUGAACUAAAGAAAAGAAAAUCCAAAUUAUAAUUAAAUCAAAGAAACUAGUCACAAAGUUGCUUAAAUUAAAAAAUAACCUUCAGUGUAAAAGGUUGCUUAAUAAAUGGAUAAACUAACUCCAGAUUAGGCUUAAGUCCGACUCUUCAGAUUUGA